AUGGUCAACAAGCGUACUCUUAUGGAAUUGGGCAUGUUCACCGGCCUUAUAGUGUCUAUGCAUGUUGCUUAUUACACUAUUCAGAAUAACCCGUCGCUUGUAGCUCCGCAUCAGAGGCAAGAGUUAUUCUACGUGAGAUGGCUGAAGGAGAAAAUUCCGGCUCUUCGACCAUACGGCGUCACUGACGACAAGAGGACCGGCAAUGACGAUCAAUAA